CGGGAGGCCGACAUGCCGCGGAGCCUCCUGGGAAAUGUAGUUCGGCGGCGCCCUCCUCUCGCGCAAGCGCACUCACACAGCCACCGACGCUUUCGGGUUGCGCCCUGCUCUUUGUCCCUCGCCGCCACGCGAGAGGCGAGUGUGCGCGUGCCCGUGUGUGCGCGCGGACCCCCGCCCCCGGCGGCGGGGGGGGGCACGUGGUUCCCGGUGCGGCGCGUCCCACGGCGGAGGCCUGGGGUCGGAGCGCAGGCGCUGCCCCGCCCGGCGCCGCUGGAUGUCGUCGGCCGGGAGCCCCGCGCGGGCCCGGGCGCCACGGCUGCGCGGAAGGAGCCGCCGCGAGCGGCCGCGGGGCCCCAGGCGGAGCGGCGGGGAGGCUGCGGCGGGCGCGGGGCCCGCGGCGCCCGGCUCGGCCUUUGCCCGCGGCGGCUCCCAGCGGCUUCUCGGCUAAACCCGGCCCCAGAAGCUCCGGACGGGACGGGCGGCCGGGCCCGCGCCGGUGAGCCGCCCCCGCCGCCCCGCACAGCUGGCUCGCGGUGCCUGGGCCUCACGGUUUAUCUGAAAAUGAGGCAGCGGCAAGGAGUGGUAUUUUUUCCCUAGUCAGUUUGGAGCAUCUCGAUAAACACAUCCAAAUGGAACUCAUUCGUGAUCCCGUCAACAAGAGAGUCACUGCCAGCAUUUUGGGGCAUUUCUUUAAGUCAACAGAUCCUGGUUCCCUGCAAAUAAGCCUGCUCAUGUGAGAUAAGAAAGGAGCUCCUGGAACCAGGACUUCGUUCUCAGUGUGAGAGACCCAGCCAGGACCUCAGACCAGAAGCACAUCAGGAGAGGACCCGUCUCGGACUUGCGAGUCGUCUCAUGUAGGCAGCAGAACGUGACCAUGUUGCAG